AUGCUCUCGGCCAUGGCCUCCCAAGCACCACGGGUGUUCCCGGUCUCCAAGGUCCUAGCCGUUGCGGCCGCUCUCAGAAAAGACGGUGCUUCGCCAUCAUUGUGCUUCGGGACAGAUGAGAAGCCGAUCGACGUGGGACAGUGUCAAAUCUAUGCCGUCAAGUUUCCGGACGGCGAGACUUGGGCCAUUCGCAUUCCUUGGCCUCUCGAGUAUAGUCGAGGACGAGAUGGCGACCUGCCAGAACUCAACCUCCCGAGCUGCGUGCGGCACCGGGAGUUGGUGCCUCGAGUUGUCCACGAAACCCUCGAGUCAUCGCUGUUCGCCAUCUCACACGGCAACCUGGCCGCGCACAAGAUCAUCGAUCAUGAAUACAAUAUCACUGGGAUCAUUGGUUGGUUCUUUGCUCGCUUCUGUCCACUGCAGCUUGCGUUGCGCCUUCCUAGAUUUCUUGCGAUCGAUCCAGACCCCCCAUCCGAGCUCCUAGCGGAUCGUCAAAUUAUCAUAUCGCAUCUGUCUGCUAUCGACUCACAACCGGAUUCACUUGCAUCACUCAUGAAGACUGUCUUAUCGGCUCCCAACGUCGACUGGCAGGACCUGGUCUACAACUCCUGCUUCAGUAAAGGUCUUCAUCGAUGGAUGUCAGAACGAUCCUGGUUUGAUGCCUCAGGCAAGGAGGUCACCAUCACCUCGGAGAAUACUGCUCAGUAG